AUGCUCCUCAGCCAGCUUCAACACCGAGGUGUAGCGACAGAUGUGCGCGCCAACGCCGCCCCAGCAGCGGACAGCGCCCAAGCAAGCGCCGAGCCAGAGCCGCCCAAGAAGAAGCGCUCACGGGCGGUGGACUUUGUGGAGGCGACGAAACGGCUGCGGUGGCACUGGAAGGUGCUCAUCGUCCUCUUUGAGCUCACCAUCAUCGAGUACCUGGCCGACAAGUUCUUCCUCGGCGGCACCGAGUACCGUACCGUGGUCGCCUGCGGGACACUGGUCCGCAUCGCUCUCGACUACAAGCUGCACUAUGGCCCGGCCUCGUGGCUCUCGCGUCACGAAGACGAGGACCUGCACCAGCGCAACGCACAGCGUCUGUGCGUUAUGAUGAAGUACAACGGCGGCCUCUACCUCAAGGGGGGCCAGGCGCUGGCCAUGCAGGGGAGCAUCCUGCCCCGCGAGUACCAGCUCCUGUUUGGCGAAAUGUUCGACGAUGCCCCGGCCGCGUCCUGGUCUGAGAUCCGCAAGGUGAUCGAGGCGGACUUUGGCGGGCGUAGCGUCGAGGACGUGUUUGGCGACGGCCCGUCGGCCCUCUUCGAGCAAGAGCCUCGCGCUGCGGCGUCGAUUGCCCAGGUCCACUACGCCCGCCUCGCCGAUGGCACGCCUGUCGCCGUCAAGGUGCAGAGGAAGAACAUCGCCAAAGAGAUCAAGUGGGACCUGUGGGUCUCGAAGCUCAUGUUCGACUACACGGCGUGGUCCACCGGGCUGCCCAUGGCCAAGGUGGGCGAGUUCCUCGAGAGGUGCAUCUUGCCCGAGAUCGAUUUCGUUCACGAGGCUGAGAAUGCCGACAAGCUGUCCCGUCUGGUCGCCGACGACGAGAACUUGCGCGGACGCGUCCAUGUCCCCAAAGUCUUCCACGAGCUGUCCUCGGACAGGGUGCUCACGACGGAAUGGAUAGACGGCACGCAGCUGUGGGACAAGGACGUCAUUGAAGCCCCUGCGUCCCGUCCGGGCAUAGCCUUGGGCAAGCAUACCGGUCUCGGACUACGUCUUAGCGAUACCAUGGAGACGGUGCUGGAGCUCUUUGCCAAGCAGUUCUUCAGCUGGGGCUUCGUCCACUGCGAUCCGCACCCGGGCAACAUCCUCGUUCGACAGCACCCCAGGGACCCCAGCAAGCCUCAGGUCGUUCUUCUAGACCACGGCCUGUACGUCACCAUGUCUCCGAGCUUCAGGUCCCAGUACGCACGGUUCUGGAAGGCCCUCGUGACGGACGACGAGGCGCUGCUGGCACAGGUGGCGCAAGAAUGGGGCAUGGACAGCCCUGAGGCAUGGGCCGACGCCACCCUGAUGCGACCCUUUAAGGAGAAACCGAGUGAGCAAGGGGAGAAGUUGCAACGCCGGACCGAGACGUCAGAAGAGCGUCAGCAGCGCAUGAUCGAGGAGGCACGGGCCUACCUAGGCGACGAGGACGUGUUCCCGCGGGAGAUGCUGCUGCUGGAGCGGUCCAUCACCAUCCUCCAGGGGAACAAUAGGUUUCUGGGGUCGCCUGUCAACCGUAUCAAGCUUCUCGGCAAGCACGCCGUGCUCGCCGUGCGGGAAGGAGGUUUUGGGGAGGCCACCAUGGCGGACGUCCUCGGCACCCGCGUGGCUCUCUGCAAGCUGGACUUGGCCUUCUGGUGGAGUUGUGUGCGGCAAUACUUUGGGUACGGGUCUGGAUUUGAGCAGGAGAUCAAGGAGGCGGAGGAGAGGCAGAUGCGCGAGACCAAGGACGUCAUUGCUGAGCUCUUGGGCAUCGUCGUGGACUAA